AUAUGUUACAAUUGCAGUUGAAGUUACAUGGCCGAUGAGUGAGAGUGACUCAUUGGGAGCCACUUGAGGACCAGAACAUCCAGAAACUCUACAGGGACAUAUUUGGUCUCGCGCUCUCGGGCCUAGCCUUUGUGCCGAAGCACGCACACACAGCUGCCAUCGCUACAUGAGACCAAAGGACUCGGAUCAAGUUCCAUCAUGUCCACCGCCAACAGCUGCGGGAUCACGUUGCCCAAUGGCUGCACCAUAGUGCACGGGCAGGGAGCGAACAUCAAACACCCCUUUAGCGAUAUCCCGGUGGAGAUGCACGAGCUGGAUGCAGGCGGCGCAAGGGCCUUUGCGGGCCAGUUUGGCUUCAUCGAGUUCUCGACCGACUUCAGGCUGCCGCGACACGUGCACAUCGCGCCCCCGUCUCUUCCUUCCUCUCCUUCUCCGCCGCAGAAGUUUGUCGCUGAGCGCAUCGUCGUCCUGAACGGCGUCGCCCUCGUCGAGCUCAACGGCGACAUCUACGUGAUCCCGCCCCAGAGCCUCGUCACCAUCGCCCCGGGCGUGCCACAUACCUGGACGGCUUGUCCGGCCGGGGUGUCAGUUCCUGUCCCGCAGGGGACGACGGAAGUUGUGUCCCAGGGGACAUUCCUCAUGCUCUACGAAUACGAGGAGCCCACCGCGUUCUUCCCCACCAGACAGACCCGCACGCUGAGUUCUGUGGACGAGUAUGAACGAUGCGACGAUCUGGAGACGAUCCGGAUUCCGAGGUUGAGCGCGGAUGAGGUCAGGCAGCGGUGUUGGUUCGUGUGGGAUGCGACAGUGAGGAAACCCGGUUGAGACGGGUCGGUGUGUGCGCGGGUAUUUUUCCUCUCUCAAUAAAAGCAUUUAAUAACUGCGUCGUGCAGGGUG